AGUCCUUUUAGUCGGUGUGUAAAACACAGGAAUCGGGGCUGUUCGUAUUAUACACGUGUUUGCUCCGUGACAUGUACACAUCUCGUUCCAUUGAAGUGCGCUGACCUAGCUUUGAGAGUGAUCAUCCAAGCAGUGCGGCAACAGCGCAUACAACUCUACGCCUCAAGUUACACGCUUCAGAGUUCAAAAGGACACUGCCGUUACUCCAUUAAGUUAGUCGAACCAAGCAGUGACCAUGAUAAGAAAUCAAGACACCAAGUUUACUAAGCUUUUCGUUGGCGGGAUUCCAUACGAAUCCGGUGAUGAUGCUUUGCGAAAGUUUUUCGCGCAGUUUGGAGAGAUCAGAGAAGCUGUCGUCAUUAAAGACCGUGUGACCAAGAAAUCCAAGGGUUAUGGAUUUGUAACGAUGGCUACCUCAGACGCCGCCGAGCUCGCGUGCAAGAACAAACGGCCGAUGAUCGAGGGGAGACAAGCUAAUGUCAAUCUUGCAUAUCUAGGCGCUAAACCCAAGCCUACAAGAGCGAUGCGUAGCCCGCCGAGUUCGCCAUAUGCGUAUUGUCCAGCAGUUACAGUGGGAUCGCCAGCGCAGCAGUAUCUUUACACACCAAUGUACUCACCAACCCAGUCCGCGCCAACGCUAUCGGGAAGCCCUUUAACGGUUAUCCCACCCGGCCCUCAAUCACCUAAUGGUGUUGCGCCACAGGUUCAGACGAUACAACCUUUCUAUAUCGACUAUGGCGGAGGAACUGCCGUCGUUUUUAACGCCGUCUACGACCCAUACUGCUAUUCACCGCAGCCUACAUACGUGCAAACGCUACCUCAGUCUCCUCCACCGACGAAUUCACCGGUAACUCCAACAUUCACGUUCCCAGGGCCCGUGAAUCCAACAGUUCCCACUCAGCAUUUUUUCCCGGCGCAAUACGAGUUUAUCGCCCAACCGCAAGUUCAAUAGUAUUCGUUAAGAUGAAAGCAGUACACUUAAAAGUACUUCAAGAUUUCAGAAAUAUAGAGGUUAUCGGUCAAUAUUUUGUAGAAAGUCAAUUUUCUAGAAAAUUUAGAACAUGUACAAAUUUAGUUGUAGGCGCGAGGUUACAACUAUUUGUAGCAAAUUUUAAUUUCAAGCCAUCAACAAGCACCAUAAAUGUAUUUCCAUACGCGUAAUAUCAUAUCCUUUAUUUAGAAAUACAAGCCAAGUUUUAGAGAUUUCGUAGACCUUGCCUACGGGAUAGUAGUAUUAGUAUUAGGUCAUGUAUAUAGCAAAACGAAGUCGCAAUACGCGGCAAAGAAAAUCCUGCUUUAAAUAAGCAACUUUAAUAUAAUAUACAAAAGCUGUAAUUUGCGUAAUAGGUAUAGAUUUUAUCAUUGCUGGUUAGAAUUUUAUCUUUCGUUCUAUGAGAGACAAAACUUUACGAGCGCUUUCAAGUUUAAUCGCUUUCAUUUUUCUUUUUUUUUCAUCUUUAUUUCACAUUUUAACAAAAAUCAAUUUGCUUGAGUUGUUCUGAUAGUUAUUGGGUUUUUGUGUAAGGGUCUUGAACUUUUCAAAACGGUAGCUACAAAUCAUAACAGCCUUACGCUUGGGUUAAGCCGGUGACGCAAUGGCGUACAUAGCGACAGUGUUUAAGAAAUCAAACCAUCGAGUUCUUGAAAGUCUUUAUUGGAUGGUCUCUGGAACAUUUUGCCCUCCGCCGCUUAAUUGUCUCAAAGUUUAUUUUUUGCUGACUCGCCAAACUGGUGAAACCCAUGAAAAACGAGAGACGUGUGUUUUGUAUCAGACAACUGUGGUUAAGGUAUUUGCCUCAGGAGAAAAAUAUUUUAAUAAGAAAGAGAUGAAAAUUGAAAUGGUGCUGAGCUAAGAUGAAAACGCUCGUAAUGAUAUCUACUACGCACUUUAGAACAAAAAUUCACACAUAACUGCUUCUAGUAUUACUUAAUAUUAGCAUAAAUUAAUCCAUUUUCUGUAACUAUUAUACGUUGACUUUAGAAGGUCGCAAUAAACAAAACAUCAAAGUG